CAGCAGUGGUGGUCGUGGAUGUGUGUGUGUGUGCGUGUGCGUGAGUGUGAGUGGAGACGGUUGUGUUACGGGAGAAACCUGCUGAGAAGUGCACAGAAGGACGAGGUUGUUCAAGGAAAGACUGUCUGGUGUUUAUUCUCCCGUCUCUUCGUACAAGCAGUGAGUGAUAUUGAUUCAUUAGGUGCAGGAUGUCCACCGCGGCCAUGGUAGUGGUGGUGGCGGCGACUGUGGGCGUGGCUGAGGUGGAGGCGGGCGUGGCGUGCAUAAGGAACCCCUGCAACAACGGCGUGUGUGUCGACAACCUCAACAGUAGUUCGUUCCAUUGCUUCUGCGAGGACGGGUUUACGGGGCUGCUGUGUCAAACCAACUGGGACGACUGCUGGUCCGCCCCCUGCCUCAACGGGGCCACCUGCACGGACCUGGUGGCCGACCUCGCCUGCAUCUGUCCCCCGGGGUACACAGGGCAGUUCUGUGAGGCGGAGAUCAACGAGUGCCGCAGCAACCCGUGCCAGAACAACGGGACCUGUCAGGACAUGCUCAACCGCUACGUCUGCUCCUGCCCCACGGGGUACUCGGGAGUAAACUGUGAGAUAGACGUGAGUGUGUGCAACUCGUCCUCGCUGUGGACGGGCGUCUCCCCGAACUGCCUCCACGGCGGCGUGUGUGUGGACGGCCCGGGCCUCUCCUACACCUGCCUCUGCCAGCCAGGGUGGACGGGGAAGAGAUGUGAGGAAGACGAGGAUGAAUGCUGUCUAAUGCCGUGCCAAAAUGAUGCCGUUUGUAUCAACACUCCCGGGUCCUUUGCCUGUGCCUGUCAGUUCGGCUUCACCGGGCCUUUAUGUGAAGAGGACUUGGUGUUCUGCAAAUCCAGCCCAUGCAAGAAUGACGCUCUGUGUGUGAUGGAGGACCACAAUGCCACCUGCUACUGUGUGCCGGAUUUUCAUGGGUCGCAGUGUGAGAAGCAAUAUAAUGACUGCCUGCCUUAUGCUCCCAGAUGUAUGAAUGGUGGUGUUUGCAUUGAUGGAGUAGACAGCUUCAAGUGCAGCUGCCCUGCCACAACUUCUGGGGUGCUCUGCCAGUGUGUUAGCACAACCGAAGGACAGCACUGUCAGCCACUUCCUUAUUGGUUUGAGGACAAACCCUUCCAGCCAAAUGUUCCUCUAGAUCCAAAAUUUUUUGGCACUUAUUUCAACAUAAGCUAUCCACGGAACGACUCUUUCAUAGAGGACAUUCCCUCACCAACAUUGGCAGAGGAUGUUACGAGCGUUAUUGACACUGCAGAGUUUCCCCGCACAGUUGUGACAAGUGACAUCUUGAUGUCCAGCUUCAUAACUCCCACCGUGGAUGUUUUUACGAUCUCCUCCGUCCUAAGUGCCAAAGUCUCGCUAGUGUUCAGUGAGGUGCCAGUGGUCACUGUGCCUUACUUUACAAGUCUGCUGUAUGAGUCCCCCUUUCCAUCCACCAGCCUUGAUCCUUUCUUAACAGCUAUGCAGCCAACACCGGUGCUUCCAGUCCCGACUUCCUCUCCAAGACCUGAAGACAUUGAUACUAGCUAUGAGUACCCGCCUGAAACAGGGGUACUGCUGCCAACCCUCACCUUAGAGGGUCCCCUACUGACUCCCUCACUCGAGUUCAUUCCCAUUUCCAUAAUAUCAGUAUUUGGUGUGUUCGAGACGCCCACCACCAGCGUCCUCAUUCCAGCUGACCGGACUAUAGCCAUACCAACUCCUGAAGAAGUAGCCAGCCCCAGCGUGAUCACACACACCAUAACUACUGUCGUUGAACUCACUCCUGCCUUAGUUUUCCCUCCUGAUGCCUCCCCUACCAUCAUCACUCCUCCGCUGGAUAUCGCAAUAACUACAUCUCCUUUGGUGUACCCCACUGUGGCCACUCCGGAGGUUCUGAUCACACCAUCGCCUCCUACUGAUAUAACCACUUUGACCGUACCUCCUGAUACUGCUAUAAGUGUUAUGCCUCCUGACACUUACAUCAGUCCAGUCCCCACGGAAACUUACAUCACUCCCGCUGAAACUGAACUCACAGCGACCAUCUUGGAUACCACACCAACGCCAACGCCUGAGAUCAAACUAACCUCUAAGAUCGAGGCAACUGCUACACCCGACUUUGAAAUUACACCCACUCCAACGCCUUUCGAUGAUUUCACCCCAGUGUCCCCUGUGGUUGACUUCCCGGUAACCUCUCCUCCAGUUGACACUGUAACACCUGAAGUGGAAGUGACCUCACCCCCCACAACAGAGGUCACCCUGAGGCCUGAUGUUGAGGUCACACCAGUCCCUUCAAUUAAUAUGACUUUGGUUCCUCCAGCUGAGCCCCCUACGACUCCAACCGUACCUACAGUGACUCCCACUACUAUUUCCCUUCCUCCUGGUGUCCCAUCCACACCUUCCCCCCCACCACAAGUCACCACGUUCCCUCCUGAUGGCUUCACAACUCCGCCGCCAGUCUCUCGUGUGCCCUGUGGGAAGAGCUUCUGCCUCAACGGAGGGAUUUGUCGCACCAUGAAUGGAACCUCUCUGUGUGAGUGUCCCUUCAACUACCGCGGUGCCUCGUGCCAGCUCUACUUCUACAUCAACAAGCCGUACUUUGAUGGUGCCUCAUACCUGGGCUUGGACGUAGGAAACAUGUCUCUGCGGACAGGUGUUCAGCCUUUUCACUUUCUUCUUCAGGUGUAUGUGCAGUUUACGUCCCAAGAUGAGAACGGACUGGUGGCUUACAGCGAAGGUCCCGGGGAAGCCUUCUUCAUGCUGCUGCUCAGGAACUCCCUCCUCCAGUUUGUGUUCUCCUGCGGCCUCAACACUGUGUCCUUCCUUCAGGGCAACGUAAAGCUCUCCAGAAACUGCCUCACAGAUGUCUCUCUCAGGAUGUGGUGGACUCCGUACCUGCACGACACACCUUGGGGGCCCGGCAAGUGCAGUGCGUCUUUGCAGGUUAAUGGUACAGACCCAGUGUACAGUGAACAGAAGGCCUGGAGCCCCCUAGUCCAGCUUGGUCUGCUGUACCUCGGUGGGCUGCCCUCCACCUACUCGUCCCCCCUGGUGGUGAAGGCCGGCUUCCUGCCCCGCCUCAAAGGAUGCGUCUCUCUCCUGGAGGUGAAUGGGCGUGAGGUGGACAUAUGGACAUCUGGUGUGUCUGGGGAGAGGAUCCAGGAGUGUGGCACGGCUCCCUGCCCCCCCCAGUCAUGCUACAACGGCGGGUCAUGCGUACCGGGCCCUGCGCUGUGGUCCUGCCAGUGCCCAAAAGGCUACCAGGGAGAGCUGUGUGAGCACGCUGAGUGUGAGGGAGUGACUGGGCCGUGCCACGCUGGGAGGUGUGUUCCCACCGCCCACCACUCCCUCUGUCUGUGCCCCAACCACCGCCACGGCCUCUUCUGUGAGCUGGAACGCGUGGUAGAGCUCCCGUCCUACAGCGGCGGUGUGGCCGGCUACAGCUCCUAUUCUGCAUACAGGAUCGAAGUUGACAUUACACGCUCUUUGGCCAUCAGAUUGCACUUCAGCACACCAGCACUGCAGCAGGUGGGACUGAUGGCCUACAUUGGCAACUCUGUGAGGGCCUCCGUUCAGGACUUCCUGGCGCUGAGUCUGGUGCGCGGAUACCUCAUGCUGACCUGGGACCUUGGGGCAGGUCCUCGAAGAAUAGUCACCCCCGAGCCCUUGGACCCCACUCUGCACACCCACUCUGCCCUGGUGGGUCGUCAGGGGCGCUGGGCCUGGUUUCUGGUGGACGCACAGAGGAAUGUUUCUGCGAAGGGCUCUGGUUUCCUCUCUUCUCUCAACACUAACAACCUUCUCUAUAUAGGCGGCCAUCCUUCCUUUAACAUGAGCCACCUCCCAGCCGACAUGUGGCGCCUCAAUGGGUUCCACGGCUGUAUCUUUGACCUCCGGGUGGCCAAGUCUUCCGCGGACCCCUGGACAGCUGUGAGGGUGGCCGCCGCACUUAAUGUUCAGGAGUGUGGGCAGGACGAGUGCAGGGCCGAGGAGAAUCAGUGUCUUAAUGGAGGCCGCUGCGUUGCCUUGGGUGCGACAUUCAGGUGUGAAUGCCCCCUGGGAUGGAAGGGUCCAAAAUGUGAGGUCCCCAGCCACCUUUGUGAAGGGGGUGCAGGGACAUGUCAUCCCGGCUCAUCCUGCCUGCCAGCCAAACCUCUCCAGAGGGAUGCGCCAAAGUGUCUGUGCCAGCUGGGGAGAACGGGACCUCUGUGCAGUCAAGCCAUAAACAUCACAGACCUCAGCUUCUCUGGGGAGGGCUCCUACGCCAGUCUUCAGUCCACGAGGAGUCUGCGCCGCGAGUCCCACGUCACACUCUCCUUCAAGCCAGACCAUCUCAGCGGUGUCCUGUUCCUUGCGCUGCCGGUGAGGAGUUCAGGAGACUUCAUGGCCCUUGUCCUAGUCAACGGCACCCUGCAGUUUACCUUUUCCCUAGGUCUUCAUGCUCCUGGACUGGUGUUGCUGCAGUCUGAGGCCACAGCAAGACUGGGUGAGUGGCAGGCCGUCACCAUUUCCAGGGUGGAAGGCUCGGCCUCAAUCAUAUUCCAGGGUCACACAACUCGGUCCCCCACCCCAGCACCAACCCACACCUUAGUGCUGCUGGACACUCACAGCGAGGUGUUUAUCGGUGGUGUGCCAGACUACUCAGCGAUACCUGCUGCUGCGGCACCCCAGGAGGCACUGGUGCCCUUCCAAGGAUGCAUCAGACAGGUGACUCUGAAUGGAGUAGAACACGACCUCCGAGUCCCUGAAGGAGGGCUGCUGCGUGGGGCGGGUCUCGGGGACUGUGACGGGACCCCAUGUGGCCACCAGGUGUGUCUCCACGGGGGCACCUGCACUCCAGCGGGCGACUCAUAUGCCUGCACAUGUACCAAGGAUUAUCUCGGCCAAAGGUGUCAGCUGCCUCGGGCUUGCCUCAACCACCAGUGCCUUAACGGUGCCACCUGUGUCCCCACCGACGAGGCUUCAGGAAGACAAAAACGGCGGCAAAAAGUUGCUGUCCGGCCCACAGCCCCUCUAAGAGCCUACAAUUCUUUUUAUGAGAAGGACGACCAAUGGCUUGAAGAAGUGGUCGAGGACUACAUCCGAGGAGAGAAGUCCAAAACACACAGAGACCAGGGAAGAAACAGUUCAACUGACGGAGAGGAACACUUCAAGAAACUUUCCCUAUUACAAAACUUGGAGCGUAGCAUAGAGAGUGACGGAAACAUAAGUGAUCAAAGUAAAAGAAAAACAGAAGAAAACUCCAUUAGAAAGCUGUUGCAAGAUAAAAGAGAGGCAAAAGGGGAUGAUGACCAAGGCUUCAGUAACUAUAGAUGCCUCUGCCCUCCUGGAUAUUAUGGCUUACAGUGCCAAACAGCAGCUGGUCUUGGGGGGCUGCGGGACACAGGCACCAGGUUCAGCGGCUACAGCUUCGGGGUGGUCGGGGGCGGCCACUAUGGUUUGCCCAGCCCACACUUGGACUCCUUCUCCUUCAACUUCACCACGUCAGCCUCACAUGGACUUCUGCUGUGGCGGGGACAGGUGGAGGCGCCAGGAAAAGACUACCUUGGGGUGGGCGUGGAGGGCAGCCGCGUGAAGGUGGUGUGGCACCUUGGUGGAGGGAACAUUGGUCGCCUCCUCCUGACGGGCUCUGUGAGUAACAGCCAGUGGCACAGCCUGGUGGUGAUCCGCCAUGGCACCGUGGUCACUGCCUUCCUGGAUGGCACCCCUCAGAAGGCCUCCCUGUCUGGCACAUACACUCAGCUCAAUGACCCACAAGGACUUGUUUAUAUCGGUGGCUUCCCUGAUGAAAUACCAAUAAAAUAUGGGAGUGAAGGACACUUCCAGAGGCCAUUCACAGGCUGCAUGAGGGACUUAACCAUACACCAGAGCUCCUACCCCAUCAAGUUCUCUUCCCUCAUUCAAGGACAAGACCUGCAGCCUUGCUCUUGAGGGUUUGUGGUUGUAGGCAACCACUCAGGUUAACAAUGAAUUAGUAUACGUUUUACAAUUCAUGUUUUUGUUAAAGUUGAACUUUUCAACAUUUUUUUAUAUGAAAUAAGGAACCAUUACAUAGGUACUAAUUUUGAGAGGGGGAGAGCAAAUAAGGCAUUAGUUUAAAAUAUUGUAGCAUCGUUAGUAUCUUAAUAGAUUUUUAGAUGACUAAUGAAUACAACAAAACAAAUUACAGUUCAAAAUGUCAAAAUGUUUAGAACCCAACACCAUGGGCAAAACGUGGUGGUUGAAAUGCUCUCAUUCACUGGCUCUGGGAAGCAUGACGUAAACCCAAACAUUUCAGCGUGGAUAAGGAGGUGCUGGAUACAUGUUGCCACUGCCAAUUUGAGGGCACGAGGGGAACAAGAGUACUGCAGAGGCUUGAGAAGUGCAAAUGGACGCACAGGUGAACAAAUUGCUGUGCUUGCAAUGCCAUUGAGUACAAAGCGUGUCUAGAAACAAAACACGAUAAUUAUAGGAUUUAAUAUUAAAGUACUCGCUGUAUAUAAUUUAUAUAUACAAACAGCAGGAAAUCUUGCCAAUAUUUCCAAUAUUGCCAAUUUUUAAAGCAUUUUCAUUAGCAUGUUCAAGUAGAUUCCAAGUUUUUACAAUGUUUGUUUUCUCAAGUGACAGAUUUUAUUCUGGAAGGAAGUGUCAGGGGGCACCUUGGGUAGUGUUUGUUUGCCCCCACCCUGAUGGCACAGUCAUUAUACAUGUACCUUGGGCACUAAUAGAAAGGAAUUUUUUGGUGCCACAUUCUAGGACAGUCAUCUGUUUUCCCAGUUGAAUCCCUCCUGGCAAAAAAUUUUUUAGCUGCAAUAAUUUUAAUUGUUAUUGAAUUGACAGGAGUAAUGUAAAGCUUGCCUUGAAGGAGUCAAUGAGGUGUUUAGUAUGAUGAUUGAUCUUAGGUUUGUGCAUGGAAGCUACUUUGGCAUAUCUAUUUACUGCCAGCAGCAUCCCCACUGAACCCCCGAGUGCCUGGCCCACACAUUUUAAUCAACACAUCAUGAAACCCGUCAGAGUCAACCCUUACAACUACUGGUUAUAGAAGCAAAAAUAACACAAAACGGCACACACAAACCACUUUAAAUCACAGUGCAUAAGAACUUUUGAACUAUAGUCUGUUCACUUAAGUCUGACCCAAGCUGAACAACAUAAACCUAAGUGUGUUUGCAAGCUGAGUGCAGAUUAGUAGAAAGUGCUUUGUGAGAUAAACACAGAGGGUAAAGAAAACUUGGAAGCCAUAGCAGUAGCAAAUCAGCACUCAGCAUGCAAACACGCUUAGGUUUAUGUUGUCAGCUUGGGUCGCACUCAAGUGAACAGACUUUCUAGUAAUAUGACCUGGCCACUACCAAGGAUACUUUACAACAAGGAUAGUUACCUUAUUUUACCAACAAAGCAUCAUGUGUCAGCAUGAUUCCUGAUCCAAAUGGAAGCACAGCAUGGCAUGGUAUCCUGAUAUUUCACUGCAUUAAUCUGGACAAUAUGGCCAUACCUGCAGAUUGGCAAUCUUGCACUGUACAUUUGUUACCACUCAAUGCUGUGUUUAUGUGUGGGUCGAGAGUCAGACAAAGCUUGAUGCAUAGUGUUAUCGUCUAAUCUCAGUUGCAGGCAGGUCACCCACAAGCUCAAAAGUUUUCACCGUUUAUUUCUUUCAGAUCACAUUCCACUUCUGUUCCUCUAUCCAUAUUUUAUUCCCAGGAGAAGGCACCAGAUAACUUUAAGUUAAUAAAAGCAAUGUAUUUUAGUUUCAGCAAAUUUAUUAGGUUGACAUUUAAUGUAGUGCACUUCACUGCCAUUUUUGUUGAUUACUGUUCACGACUUUUGACUAUGUGACUCUUAGGGGGAACGUAGCUGCGUCGUAACUAGAGUAAUAUCUCAUACGUAAUUUAAUAAGUUUUCACUCAUUGUUAAAGCCAGCAACAGCUUUUUUCUGGGAGGCUUGGCCUCUUGUACUACCCAUGACUAGUUUAGGCAUAAGGUAUGAAUACAAGAACAUUUCACCCUGCUGUCAGCACACAGAGGUCUCCAAGGGUUUGGGUGUUUUGCCUGCUUGUGCAUCUGCAUGGGCUCUAAGAGGACAAAGUGUGUUAAACAAUUAUCCCUCACCCUCACUUAUGUACAAAUGUUGGUCUGCUUAUCAUUGAAAAACAAAGGUAAGCUUUAAUGAGAUAUGCACAAGUAAUUUACAUGUAAGUUCUGGGAAAAAAUAGACUCAAAUUGUUACAUGAUACUGACUUUUACAAGAGUUUGUCCAACAGAAGCAUGUGUGUUAGUUUAUGAAUGGUAAAAGUUUCUUCAUAUUGUUUAUUGUUAAUAUAUUGCAUUAUAAGUUUUAUGAAGGUCUGUUAUGUAUAUAAUCAUUAAGAUUUCCCUAAUUUCCAUGGAGGAGCCAGUCUGGCUGUUGAGUGAACUGAUCAUGAUUGUUAUACAAGGGAAGAGUAAGUGAUGUUAUCUAAUGGAUUGUUUAUAGCUAAGUAUAGUAUUAUGUAUGUUAAGAUGGCCGUGAAUGGUUUUUUUUUUAAUACUAUCGUCUUGUGCUCCAGUUAAGGUAGCCAGCUGUUUUUUGGAAAUUUUUAUUUAACUGAAGGUUAAAAACUGUGAUACUUGUAUAAGAAUGAUAUAAAAUUCAGUCUGAAAGUUCUAUCUACUACCCUGUUUUUCCUACCCUUGACAUUGGAUAG